AUGUGCCAUUCUUUUCAUUCUUGUGCUGGACAAGGAUUUCUUGCUCUUUUCUAUCUUUUCUUGCUUUUCUUUCAUUCUUUCUUUCAUUCUAUCAUUCAUUCCUUGAUCUUUCUAUUUCUCUCAUUCUUUUCAUUCUUGAGAUUCAUUCUUGAUCUUGAGGAGUUUGAUUCUUUCAUUCUUGAGUUCAAACUAGACAAAGCUUCAAAUUUUUUGACAAAUUGCCUUUCUGUUUCUUUUGAAUUCUAUCACUUUUCAUUCUUCCUCUUGCUGGACAAGGAUUUUUCAUUCUUGAGUUUUUCUUUUUUUUCUUUCAUUCUUGAAAUCAAACUUUUCUUUCUUUCUUUUUUUUUUUUUUUUCUUUCUUUCUUUCUUGAAAUCUUUCUUGCUUUUUCUGGUCUUUCAUUCUAUCAUUCAUUCCUUGAUUCUUUGAUUGUUGCCUCAUUCUUUUCAUUCUGA